UACCCUUAGAAAAAUCCUAAUGGAAAUUUCAAGAGGAGAAGGUUUUCUAUGUUUUGUGACGUUGUUCUUGUUUUCGUGUUCUACUAAUGCUUUGCUUUCUCCUAAAGGAAUUAACUUUGAAGUUCAAGCUUUGAUGAGUAUAAAAGCUUCAUUAAUGGAUCCUCAUGGAAUUCUAGAGAAUUGGGAUGGUGAUGCUGUUGAUCCAUGUAGUUGGAAUAUGAUUACUUGUUCUACUGAGAAUCUUGUUAUUAGUUUGGGAAUUCCUAGUCAGAAUUUAUCUGGUACAUUAUCACCAAGUAUUGGAAAGUUAACAAAUCUUCAAACUAUUAUGUUACAGAAUAACAACAUAACUGGACCAAUCAGUUCAGAGCUAGGAAAACUUUCCAUGCUUCAAACACUUGAUCUUUCUGAUAACUUUUUCAAUGGAAAGAUUCCUACUUCUCUUGGUCAUCUGAGAAAGUUUCAAUACUUGAGGAUUAAUAAUAACAGUUUUUCUGGUGAAUGUCCCGAGUCGUUGGCGAACAUGGCGCAACUUACUUUUUUUGAUUUGUCAUUCAACAAUUUUAGUGGCAGUGUGCCUAGAAUCUUGGCCAAAUCAUUCAAUAUUGUUGGAAACCCUCUGGUCUGUGCUACAGCAAAAGAAACAAACUGUCAUGGGAUGAAACUCAUGCCUAUGUCAAUGAACUUAAACAAUACUAACGCUCACAAAAGGGGUCAUUGCGUUUGGUUUAAGUCUUGGAUGCCUUUUCUUAUUAGUCCUUGGUUUCGGAUUUUUGGAGUUGGAAAAGGCGGCUUCGGCAUUGUCUACAAAGGAAUUCUUUCGGACGGUACGCUUGUCGUUGUAAAGAGGCUUAAAGAUGGAAAUGCCUCCUUGGAAGAAGUUGUGAUGGCCUUGAAAUACGGAGGAUAUAUCUUCAACAAUCUCCACACUGAAAUCAAUACAAGGCACAUUUAUAUGACAAUCAAAAUGGUUGAAAAGUACUCUGGUUUGCAGUUACAACCACACAAGGCUUUUGUGGGGGCUAAUGAUUUUGCUCAUGAAAGUGGCAUACCUCAGGAUGGAAUGCUUACAUUGCACUAG